UUUUCUCUACCAAGAUGGCGACGGAGCUCGGACGUAAUCAGCGCGCGCCGCCCGGGGCUCUGAGCGCAGGCCCCCGCGGUGACGUCACAGAGGCGCGACCGGGCCGGCGCCGGGGGAAGGAGCCUGCUGAGGGAUGCCCAAGAAGUUCCAGGGUGAGAACACCAAGUCGGCAGCGGCCCGGGCUCGGAGGGCUGAGGCCAAGGCAGCAGCUGAUGCCAAGAAGCAGAAAGAGCUGGAGGAUGCCUAUUGGAAGGAUGAGGACAAACACGUCAUGAGGAAGGAACAGCGCAAGGAGGAGAAGGAGAAGCGGCGCCUGGAACAGCUGGAGCGCAAGAAGGAGACGCAGCGCCUGCUAGAAGAGGAGGAUUCAAAGCUCAAGGGGGGCAAGGCCCCCCGGGUAGCCGCGCCCAGCAAGGUCACCCGCGCCCAGAUUGAGGAGACGCUCCGCCGAGACCAUCAGCACAAGGAAGCCUCAGAUGCAGCCGAGAAAGCCAAGAGCCACUUGGAGGUACCCCUGGAGGAGAACGUGAACCGCCGCGUGCUGGAGGAGGGCAGCGUAGAGGCGCGCACCAUCGAGGAUGCCAUUGCGGUGCUCAGCUUGGCGGAGGAGGCCGCAGACCGACACCCUGAGCGCCGCAUGCGGGCGGCCUUCACCGCCUUCGAGGAGGCGCAGUUGCCCCGGCUCAAGCAAGAAAACCCCAACAUGCGGCUGUCACAGCUGAAGCAGCUGCUCAAGAAGGAGUGGCUGCGUUCACCAGACAACCCCAUGAACCAGCGGGUCAUGCCCUUCAAUGCCCCCAAGUGAGCCUGGAACUGGGGGAGCCGCCCUGUGGGCGGUCAGGGUCGUGACCCCACGUGCCCUCCCGCUGGAUCAGCUCUGAGGGUUACAGAGAUGUCCAGGGGCUUCGGCGAGUGUCCUGGGGGCUAGGUGGCAUGGCUGGCCACACCUCCCGUCGGAGGGUUCCUGCUCCAGUGACACCCCCUCCCUUCCCACUCAUGCUGGAGCCCUGGAGCUGAGUGUCCAAUAAAGGUGGUCGUUGAGGCA